GUGUAAAUAUAUAGUGCCUUUCACAAUAUUUAUUGAGAAACUAUUGUACAACUUGACAUCAUAACAGUUGCGUCCAAGCCGAUACAUACGAUGCAAACCCCACUUCAUGACUUAGUAAUACCUCAGGUGUGCAAGGCCGCGUUUUACGAAAAGACGAGGGCGCCAGCCGACGUCGACUCUGUGCAGUUCCUAGAUGUGCCCGUGAUCCAACCUCUUGAGGGACAGGUAAUCGUAAAGAUGAGAUAUUCUUCACUUAAUCCAGUUGAUUGGAAGCUUAUGUCUGGGGCACCUCCUGGAUGGGGCCAUGACCUCCCCUUUGUACUAGGAUACGAUGUGGCUGGUACUGUGGUAGCUCUGGGCGAGGGUGUCACACAUCUAAGAGUAGGACAUGAAGUGUUUGGGGUCAACUGGGGCGAUGGUAGCCAUAAAGUGGAAGGAGGUCCCAGUGGAGGUUGUUUCAAAGAGUAUGCGACUAUGAGCGCCAAGGUGCUCUCAUUACGACCACCUGAGUUAUGGGCAGUAAAGGCUGCUGCAGUAAGUUUGGCAGGAACUACCGCAUACCAGGCGGUAGCACAGCACAUGGAUGUCAAAAAGAAAGACAAAGUGCUUAUACUGGGGGGAUCAGGUGCCGUAGGACAACUUGCGAUUCAAAUGGCAAAGGAGUUGGGUGCUUGGGUGGCCACUACAUGUUCAUCUCGUACAGCCGACUUUGUUAAGAAGAUCGCCCAGCCGGAUUUAAUUAUCGACUAUAAUGAGCAGAAUUGGUAUAAAAUGCAGGAACUAGAUAAUCUUGACUCCAUAUUUGCAACGUUUGGAGAUAUAACUACCUUCCAGCAUGCGGAAUAUAAGCUUAAGGACGAAGGGCGGUAUGUAUCUAACUCGGAUUGUGAUGCCCCUGUGGCACUCAUUCCCAAAGACAAGCAUCUAAAGUACCACGCAUUCUUUUGCUUGUCAAACAACACAGAACACCAAGAUGUAUUAGCAAACCUAAUUGUUGGUGGUAAGUUGAAUCAGGUUAUUUGCGAAGAAUUCCCGUUCACAGAGGCGGGUGUAAAGUGUAUUAUUGAAAAACAAUUGAGUAAUACAAGCAUGGGAAAGAAUGUGAUCAAAUUUGAUUGAUCAUAAUCUCACAAGAAUACUCGUGGAUAUGAAUCUCGAUGUAGGUAGCAAUAAAAUAAAUCCAAGUCGCUUUGCUAUAGUUGGGACAUUUUGAGAAAUGUGACGUCUGAAGUAAUAGUGCAAGCUUCGCCCCCAUAAAAACGAUGUAUCUAAUUACCCAUGUAUAUAGAUAUAUUUAUAUAUAUAUAUAUAUAU